AUGGCCCACGUUACCACCUCAGUCGAGGAGGUUCUUUCGUAUGGAAGUUUAUGUUCAUGUUGGUACCUUAGCUACUCCAUUUGUGCAGGUAAAUCAAACAAUCUCACAGAUGAAGACUGUAAGGGAAAAAGUGGACUCGUUGUUAGCUUUGGUGAAAUGUUAAUAGAUCUUGUGCCAACAGUGUCUGGAGUGUCACUAGCUGAAGCACCUGCUUUCAACAAAGCUGCUGGAGGUGCUCCUGCCAAUGUGGCUGUUGGCAUCUCAAGGCUUGGAGGUUCAUCUGCUUUUAUAGGCAAGGUUGGAGCAGAUGAAUUUGGGUAUAUGUUGGUUAAUAUUUUAAAGCAGAACAAUGUUGACACAUCUGGCAUAAAGUUUGACCCUAAAGCAAAAACAGCUUUAGCUUUUGUUACACUUAGAGCUGAUGGCGAGCGUGAGUUUUUGUUUUUCCGACAUCCUAGUGCUGAUAUGCUUCUUCAAGCGUCAGAGCUUCAUACUGAUAUCAUUAAAAAGGCUAAAAUAUUCCAUUUUGGUUCCAUCAGCUUGAUUCAUGAGCCAUGCAAGUCUGCUCAUCUUGCUGCUAUGAAAAUUGCUAAAGACUCCGGUUGCAUUCUCUCAUAUGAUCCAAAUUUAAGAUUGGCACUGUGGCCCUCAGCUGAGGCUGCCCGGGAUGGCAUAAAGAGUGUAUGGGAUCAAGCUGAUGUCAUAAAGAUAAGUGAGGACGAGAUUACAUUUUUGACUGGUGGUGAUGAUCCUUAUGAUGAUAAUGUUGUAUUAAAUAAACUUUUUCACCCUAAUCUCAAGCUUUUAAUCGUUACUGAAGGGUCAGAAGGUUGUAGAUAUUACACCAAGGAAUUUAGGGGCAGGGUCGAAGGUGUCAAAGUUAAGGCUGUUGACACAACUGGUGCUGGUGAUGCAUUCGUUAGUGGGAUUAUCUAUAGCUUAGCUUGUGAUGAAAGUCUUCUUCAGAAUGAGGAACGUCUCCGAAAAGCUCUACAUUUUGCGAAUGUAUGUGGUGCCAUUACGGUAACAGAGAGAGGGGCAAUUCCUGCACUACCUACAAAAGAAGCUGUCCUGAAAUUCGCUGUAACAUAA